AUGAAUUAUCGACUUGACUCGGAUAUCCCAGCACCUUACGGUAUUGUGAAGAAUACCAGUGGACAGUCAAACAAUUACAAAGAAAUUAUGGCAAGGAAAACAAAAUUGGCAGCUCAAUUAGUAAGCCAUUGUCCAACGCAAAGUUUACGUGAACAAUAUGUCAAAUCAUUAGAAAAAUAUAUACCAGUAAUGGUUUAUGGGCGAUGUGGACCCGAGAAGAAAAAGAGAAGAGAAGCACAUUUGCUUCUAGAAAUUGAAAAAUCUUAUAAAUUUUAUUUGGCUUUUGAAAAUUCUUUGUGCCGUGAUUAUGUUACUGAAAAAUUUUUCGAGUGGCAAAACAGAAGUAUUGUUCCUAUAGUGAGAGGUGACGGUAAUUAUGAACAUUUCUACCCCAAAAAUUCUUACAUAGAUGUGAGAAAUUUUAAAUCAAUUUCUGAUUUAGCCAAAUAUAUUAAAUAUUUAGAUAGAAAUGACACAGCUUAUAUCGAAUAUUUGAAA